AACACACACUCACACAUUUUCCCACCAUGGAACAUUUAAUGACUGCCUUUAUGCCACCAGCCUACUUGUUGGGUCAUCACACUCCUGCCAACGCCGUCGCUACCUCCGCCGCCUUGUCUUCAUCCUCAGCCACCACCUCACCGGCCACAUCACCCAACACAUUGUCUGGCGGCAAAGUCAAACGUUGGGGUUCUCCACCCGUUAAUAUGGGUGGCCAGUACAUAAAUCCUGCCACUGGCAAAAAACGUGUACAAUGCUCCAUUUGCUUUAAGACUUUCUGCGAUAAGGGUGCUUUGAAGAUUCACUUCUCCGCAGUGCAUUUGCGUGAGAUGCACAAAUGCACCGUUGAGGGUUGCAAUAUGGUUUUCUCAUCGCGCCGUUCACGUAAUCGCCACAGUGCCAAUCCCAAUCCCAAAUUGCAUUCGCCACACAUCAGACGUAAAAUUUCACCCCAUGAUGGCCGCACAGCUCAACAAUUCCCCGUUUUCCCCUUGGGACCAGCUGCUUUGUUACCCUGUGGCCCGGCCUUCUCAGGUCUGAUGCCACCCCAUCAUCCUAAUCAUGUCAUGUUUGGUGAUUUCCCAAAUCCCGCCGGUGUUCCCAACUUCCAACUCAUGCUCAACGGUUCUGGUCAUGAAAUGAAACAACAAGUUUCCUAUGCUUCUAGUGGUGCUUCCAAUAACUCCGACAAUGAUGAUGAUGAGGGCUAUGUACUUGAUGUCCAGGGAUCCGGCGCUAGUCAGGGUAGCCACAGCGAUGUUGAUGACUACUGUCGUGAGGUUGAUGAAGAGGACGAAGAAUUGAUCUCGGUGUCCAUUGAGGAUGAAGCCAAGUCAUUUGCCAUGCCUUCAGAGGAUUCCAAUGAGCCAUUGGACUUUAGUCUAAACAAACGUACCAACGACCUGACGAUGCAUAGCUCAAAUGAAAGACUUUCCGCCAGUCCCUCCCAAGCCAAACAGUCCAACAGCUUUUCCAUGGAUACUCUAUUGGGUAAACGUAAAAGAUCCUGCGGCAGUGAAUCGGAAAUGUCCUUUGGAAAAACAUCGCCGGUAACAGUUAAAAUGGAACAAGAUGAAGAAACCGAUUGCCUAGAUUUGUCGUCUGCCUCGCAACCCAGCAAAAAAUCACAAAUUUUUGCCACACCUCAAAGUUCACCCCUUUUAGCGGAAGAACAGCAUCUCAGAUUAUUGCAAUCGCAAAUGUUUGCUGCUGCCGCCGCCGCAGCUGCUGCUCAAAGCCAAAGCUUAGAAAGCACAGAGAACAACAACAGCACCUCCAUUCCACCAACAGCCCCACCCAUGUGGAAUCUCCUGUCCGAGGUGUAUCGUUCCAUGUUAAUGAAAACCGAACAGCAGCAACAUCAAGACCAAACCUCACAGCAAUACAAUGAGAUGUCCACAAAUGCAAUAUCGGUCUAG